GGCCGCGUCCCCCCGGCCCCACCACCGGUCAGCUCCGCCGCCCCCAGGAUCCGGCCCCAUGGGCCCCCCCGGGCUCCUCCUGGGGCUCCUCCUGGCUCUGGGGGUCGGGGGGACGCCGGAGCCGCCGGGGCCGCUGCCCGAGGAGCAGGAGCACGGGUAUUACCUGCAGCAGCUCUUCGGGCAGUACGGGGCCAACGGGACCCUGCCCUUCGAGGGGCUGGCGCGGCUGCUGGGCAGCCUCGGGCUGGGCCGUGUCCAGGUGGUCCAGAUCCAGCACGAGGAGCUGGGCCACGGCCACGUCAGUCACCUGGACCUGCUCGAGGUGCAGGAGGAGAAGCACCGGCACCGGCACCCGGUCUGGGAGCACGGCGGGGACGCGGCUCCCGGCGCCCCAGCGACCGACCGACCCCACAGCCCCCCGCCCUCCCAGACACAAAGCUGGGCGAAGCCGGUGCCCACCGAGCCCCCCGGUGCUGGGGGCCCCCCCCGGCGGUACCAGCCCACCCUCAGCCUGCUGGGGAGGGUCCUGGGCUUGGAGCACUCCAGCGCCGACCACCCGCACGAUGACUGCCUCAACGUGACCCAACUGCUGGUGAACUUCGGGCUGGACUCGGUGUCGCAGCUGACGCCGGAGCAGUUCACCCUCCUGUGCCCGGCCCUGCUCUACCAGAUCGACAGCCGCGUCUGCAUCCAGCACAGCGAUGAGGUGACGCUGCCUCCCCCGGGGGGGGGCCUGUGGCCAGCGCUGGGCUGGGCUCUCCUGGCCGUGGCCUCCGUCAGCCUCCCGUCCGCCCUGGCCGUCCUCCUGGUCCCGCUGCUGAGCCGCAGCUUCUUCCGCUCCCUCCUGGCCUUCCUGGUGGCCCUGGCCGUGGGGACACUCUGUGGGGACGCCCUGCUCCACCUCUGGCCCCACGCCCAGGGAGGGCACCAGGACACGUUGUCGGAGCCGGGGCCGGCGGUGCUGCAGGGGCUGGCGGUGCUGGGAGGCAUCUACCUGCUCUUCCUGCUGGAGCUGCUCCUGGCGAUGCUGCGGCGCAGGCGGGAGGCCACGGGACACCCCCAUGGAGAGACCCCCGGUGUGGCCGCGGGGGUCCUGGCACCGUCACGAGGAGGGGCCGAGCUGAGACACCUCAGGGCACCAGACACGGACCCAGAGCUGGAGCUGAGGCCCCACGGACCCCCCCGUGAAUCCCCCCACGGGCCCCCCCACGGACACUCCCACGGCCCCGCGCUGCCCCUCAGCCCCAGGGCCACCGACAUCGUGUGGAUGGUGGUCCUGGGGGACGGGAUCCACAACCUGACGGACGGGCUGGCCAUCGGUGCCGCCUUCUCCCAGAGCCUCUCCAGCGGGCUCAGCACGGCGCUGGCCGUGCUCUGCCACGAACUGCCCCACGAGCUGGGUGACCUGGCGGUGCUGCUGCGGGCGGGCACCGCCCCCCGCUCCGUCCUGCUCCUCAACCUGCUCUCGGCCCUGCUCUCCUGCCUGGGCGUGGUCGCGGGGGUGGCCGUGGGGCACAGCGGGACCCCCCUCACCCCCUGGGUCCUCACCACCACCGCCGGCAUCUUCCUCUAUGUGGCCCUGGCCGACAUGCACGGGAAGAGGGACGAGGCCCCGGGGCCGUGGAGGCCGGGACACGGAGGAGUCGGCUGUACCUGACAGGUGAUGAGGUUUGUCCUGUCGCCACCAAAGGAACAUUUAUGUGCAUAAAAUACAGAGGUGCAGCAUUGACACGGAGGAUAUUAAAGACACAGAGUUGCUACAGAUGCCUUAAGAGACGCGUCCCCCAUCCCCAACCGCCCCGCGGGGGCUCCGGCUCCGUCCCCUCCGGCCUCGCGCCGCAAUUCCAAGGAUUUCAGGGCAGCUCCAGAGCCAUUCCCGCCUCGUGGGUACGUUACCGGAGCUCCCGAUGAUGCUUCGGGUGAGUCUCGGCUUUUAUUUUUUUGGGAGGGGGGCGGGGUUUAAUCUCCUUUCACUGCCGAGCCCAGAAAAUUCCAGCCAGGAGAAGAGGAUUGAAGAGCUCCUUGUGUCCUUGGAGAAAAACAAAGAACAGAAAGAAAAGGAAGGGGGGGGGGAAAAAAAAAAAAAGGCAAAGAAAAAGAAACAAAA